ACAAGAGAACGCUGUUGAGAGGGGCCCUUCAGGUUUUGCUUCUCAAGAUGUAAGAAACCGGCCAAACUCCACUGUGCAAACAGAUGGACAGCGUCAAGACUCCAUAUUGGCAUGGCCAGAAAGAAGGGCGAGACCUUUGUCUCAGCCAAUGCCGUAUGCAGUGCAUUUUGCCAAAGAAGAUAAUGAGGACAGCAUUAGCCUCGCUCGGUCCAUCAGCAAGGACAGUUUGGCCUCUAACAUCAUGAGCAUGACCCCGAAACACAAGCUAGGAUCAGUUCUGCCUCACAGACUCAGUGGCCAAAGCCUUCUCAGUCACAUGCGCAUAGAGGACGAAGAAGAGGAAUUUGAGGAGGAGGAACUGGUUGCUGUCAUUCAUCCAUCCAAUCUUUCUCGACGUCGAAUCGUGAGCGAAAUGGAGCAGGAUGAACUGGAAGCACAGAUUGGACCGUCAUUCAGCAGGGUUUCUGAUGGCUCUCAUGUUGCCCGUCAAGACUCAAGUCCAUUUGCUCAUGACCAUCAGGCGGGAGGUUACUAUCUGGAACCUUUAAUACCAACUGUCCCAAAGCAAGCCAAGGAGAAGGGUAUAUCAGUGAACAAGCAGGAGGAAAGUGGGGAGAAUCACUGCAGGGCAGUAGCAGCAGUGAAAAAAAACCCUACAAAUAUACCAAACUCCUCAAAAAGGAAGUUCCCCGUGGUUGAUUCAGUACUCACUUCUCCCAGGCCCCCUGUCGAGGGGUCAGUUGAUGCCCCCCAGUCUCCAGGCUUUUUUCUUCACUUGGGGGCUGAAUCAGAAAAGCACACUCAUAUCUCAGCUGUCACAGAAGCAGGGCAAGACUCUGACUCCGACAUUGCUGACCUCGAAGAAGACGAUGAGGAGGACGACCAGACAGAGCUGGAGAAGACUUUGAGGGUGAAUCGUUUAGACAAGAGCAACAUCGAUGAAUUUGGAAAUGGAGAAGUUGAGUCGGCAAAGCUUAGAGAGGACUUGAAGGUAAGCGAGCAUGAGGAUAAAGAAGAUGCAAGCGGACGUUCAAGCCCUUGUCCCAGCACCGUGUCAUGGGCGAGCAGCUGCAGCGCCUCGGGUAGCAUAGGAGUCAAAAUGACCAGCUUUGCAGAGAGAAAGCUUCUUAAACUUGGCCUUCGUGAGGGAUACUCAAGUACAAGUAGCUCCCAAAAGACCACACCUGAUGGGUCCGAGAUUCCCCCUCCAUGGCAUGUGAAGGAUUCUAAUCCCAUGUUGGGGAAGAAUAUAACUGCUGGCUCUUUUGUUCCCUCAGAGCUGCUUCAGCUUCACAUGCAGCUGGAAGAGCAGAGACGUUCAAUAGAAUAUCAGAAGAAGAAGAUGGAAGCCCUGUCAGCUAAGCAGAGACUAAAGCUUGGAAAAGCUGCAUUUUUGAACAUUGUAAAGAAAGGUGGAGGAAGGAGUGACACACUUCCUUUACCCCUAAAAAAGCCCAAGGAGUCUACUGGAUCAACAUCUACAGAGAGGAGGAAAGCAAAGCCGCAGUCAUGUAAAGAUGAUUUAUGUCUCGAUGCUCUGAAAAGUCAAACAGAGGGACGGCCGAUAAACAGAGACAAGAGCUGGAACUCUCUUUCUCAGGAUAACAGUCCUGAACCAGAUUUCAAUGAAUGCUCCCACUCUAUAGAUCUACUCAAUCAAGCUAUCAGCUCUAUCCAGCAACAGAUGAUGCAGCUUUCCUUGCAGCAAGAUUUUCUGAUGAAACAAAAUGUGGUCUCACCACCAGAGCAUGCACAAACAGAUAAAAGCACAGACUCCGGGAUAGAUCCAAAUACACCCCAAACAGUAUCCUCUACCUCAGACUCUAAAGCCUUUGCAGCUCACUUUGUAGAUAUCGGUGGCAGUAGUUCGAUGCCUUCCCGCCGUCCUCCCAAACUUACUUCCAGCCAACGAAACAAAGUAGAGCGCAAACAAAUGAAAGAAAAAAGCAAACCGGCUUUAAGUAAGUCCAACGACCCGCUCCAGGUAAUCACGACUUCUUCACGGGAAUCUAAUGAUGAAGAACUGGAGACAGCCAGUGCUGCUGAAGUACAGAGCGUUCAGAGGGGUGCUACAUUCAGAGUGCAUGGAAGCACUGAAAAGGGAAGUGCGCACUCUCCAGGCAAACUAAAAUCCCAUAACUCGCAAGUUAUGUUCAAGACAUCUGAAUCUGCAUCACUGGAAGCAGAACAAGAGGUGGACCAAGCAGCCAACUACAGCAAACAGAAUGACUGUGCCGAUGAGAGCGCCAGGAUCAAGAGUCAGCUGAUCGAGGUGGACCUGUCAGAGCUAAAGGAUACAGUGGAGGAUGCCGGCGCAGAUGUCCUAGAAAGCUCAGCAGAAGCUGAGCAGAAAGGUGUAAUAGGCUUCUUCUUUAAGGAUGAUGAGAAGGCAGAGGAUGAAAUGGCAAAACGCCGUGCCGCCUUCCUCCUCAAACAGCAGCGCAAAGCUGAGGAGGCCAGACUCCGGAAACUGCAGCAAGAAGCAGAAAGUGAGAUAAAACGUGAUGAGGCUCGACGGAAAGCAGAGGAGGACCGUAUUCGUAAAGAAGAAGAGAAGGCCCGUCGAGAGCUUAUCAAACAGGAGUAUCUGCGGAGAAAGCAAGAAGCUCUUAUGGAAGAACAGGGUCUCACUAAGCCUCGCACCAGGACCAAACCUCGGAGGAACAGACCCAAAUCCAUGCAUCGGGGAGAAACCAGCAGCCUUCCUAAAGGAUCCACAACUCGUGAUUCUCUGAAGGUGUCAAUGUUAAUCAAAAACCAGAGUUCAGGAGCAGCCUGCAGGGGAGCUGAUCUGAGCUUCAGUCAUCGAGGAUCAACACUGUCGUUGGUGACUGAUGCAGACAGCGUCAUCUCUGGUGGGGCAGACUCAAACAGGGCAUCCAGCAGGAACAUGGACCGAGACUGGGAGAGCGCUUCCAUAGCCUCAUCAGUCAUUUCAAUGGAGUACAGUGGUCCUAAACUCUUCAAGGAACCAAGCUCCAAAUCCAACAAGCCAAUCAUCAUCAAUGCCAUCGCCCACUGCUGCCUGGCUGGGAAGGUUAAUGAGGUUCAGAAGAACGUUAUCCUUGAGGAAAUGGAAAAGUGUGAAUCCAACCACCUCUUCAUCCUCUUCCGCGAUGGCGGGUGUCAGUUUCGAGCCAUUUACACAUACUCACCAGACACCGAGGUGAUCGUCAAGUACACGGGCACAGGGCCGCGCACCAUCACCGCCAAGAUGAUCGACAAGCUGUACAAAUACAACUCAGACCGCAAGCAAUUCACCGUGAUCCCCGCCAAGACUGUGUCCGUUAGCGUGGAUGCUCUGACCAUCCACAACCAUCUGUGGCAGAUCAGGAGACCAGGGAGCGCUCGGAGAAAAUGAGCAAAAAUGACACUGUUUGUGUUUAAUAAGCUACAGUUGGGCAGGACCCAAAAAAAGUACAAACUUGAAGAAGAUUGAUGGGAUUAGAAGGAAAGUUAGAUGAUCUAUGGCAGUGUGAGUAUUUAGCACCCACUAACUCACUGUACUCUGUCUUUUCAAUUCGUUACCUUUUAUUAUGCAUGGUACACCUAUUUUAAUUUUAUCAUAAUCCAAAGCCACCUACCGUAGUCUUGUCCCGCAAAAUCUCCUUCCAGAAGCAAACAUGCUAUGCUACUGAUGCAAAGUGCAGCUUUAGGCAGGCUGUGAUGUACCAAGUCAGGACUUUAAAGUUUGUAAACUCAGCUUGGCAUUUAAAAGCAAAAAAAAAAAAAAAAAAAACAACAACUACC